GAAGGCAGCGGGCGGGGCGGGAGUGAGGGAGGCGCAGCGCGCAGGCGCAGCUGCUCGGCACCGCUCUCCUCAGCGCUCCGGCCCAGCUCUCGCGGACAAGUCCCGACAUCGCGCGCCCCCCCACUCCUCCGGGACCGCCCCCUCCCCCCUCUCGGCGUCGUCGAAGAUAAACAAUAGUUGGCUGGCGAGCGCCGAGUGUGUCUCCCGCCGCUGGAUUCGGCGGGCUGCGUGGGGACCGGCGGGAGCCCGGCCAGCCCGGCCAGCCCGGCCAUGGCGGGGCUGUACUCGCUGGGAGUGAGCGUCUUCUCUGACCAGGGCGGGAGGAAGUACAUGGAGGACGUUACUCAGAUCGUGGUGGAGCCCGAGCCGACGGCUGAGGAGAAACCCUCGCCGCGGCGGUCCUUCUCGCAGCCGUCGCCUCCUCAGCCGUCAGCGAGCGCUCUUCCUGGCCGCGAAGUCUCCGGGAAAGGCCCGGCGGUGGCAGCCCGAGAAGCUCGCGACCGCGCCGGCGACGCCGGGGCCUCCCCGGCUCCCGGUCGUUGCUGCCGCCGCCGUUCCUCGGUGGCUUUUUUCGCCGUGUGCGACGGGCACGGCGGGCGAGAAGCGGCGCAGUUUGCCCGGGAGCACUUGUGGGGUUUCAUCAAGAAGCAGAAGGGUUUCACCUCAUCCGAGCCGGCGAAGGUUUGCGCUGCCAUCCGCAAAGGCUUCCUCGCUUGUCACCUCGCCAUGUGGAAGAAACUGGCAGAAUGGCCAAAGACUAUGACAGGUCUUCCCAGCACAUCAGGGACAACUGCCAGUGUGGUCAUCAUACGGGGCAUGAAGAUGUAUGUAGCUCACGUAGGGGACUCAGGGGUGGUUCUUGGAAUUCAGGAUGACCCGAAGGAUGAUUUUGUCAGAGCUGUGGAGGUGACACAAGACCACAAGCCAGAACUUCCUAAAGAAAGAGAGAGAAUCGAAGGACUUGGUGGGAGUGUAAUGAACAAGUCUGGGGUGAAUCGUGUAGUUUGGAAACGACCUCGGCUCACUCACAAUGGACCUGUUAGAAGGAGCACAGUUAUUGACCAGAUUCCUUUUCUGGCGGUAGCAAGAGCACUUGGUGACUUGUGGAGCUAUGAUUUCUUCAGUGGCGAGUUUGUUGUGUCCCCUGAACCAGACACAAGUGUCCAUACUCUUGAUCCCCAGAAGCACAAAUAUAUUAUCUUGGGCAGUGAUGGACUUUGGAAUAUGAUUCCACCACAAGAUGCCAUCUCAAUGUGCCAGGAUCAAGAAGAAAAAAAAUACUUAAUGGGUGAGCAUGGACAGUCCUGUGCCAGAAUGCUUGUGAAUCGAGCACUAGGCCGCUGGAGACAGCGUAUGCUCCGAGCAGAUAACACUAGCGCCAUAGUGAUUUGCAUCUCUCCAGGAGCGGACAAUCAGGGAAACUUCACCAACGAAGAUGAGCUCUAUCUUAACCUGACUGAUAGCCCUUCCUAUAAUAGUCAAGAAACUUGUGUCAUGACUCCUUCCCCAUGUUCUACAUCACCAGUCAAGCCACUGGAGGAGGAUCCAUGGCCAAGGCUGAAUUCUAAAGAUCACUUACCUACCCUCGUUCGAAGCAAUGCCUUCUCAGAGAAGUUUUUAGAGGUCCCAGCUGAGAUAACUCGAGGGAGUGUCCAGGCUGUGGCCAGACCAUCAAAAGAUCCAGAUCCACUUGAAGAAAAUUGCACUAAAGGCCUAAGUAUAAGGAUACAUGACUCUUUGAAUAACAGCCUAUCUGUUGGUCUUGUGCCUACCAAUUCAACAAAUACCAUCUUGGACCAGAAAAAUUUAAAGAUAGCAACUCCUGGUCAGAUGAAAGCCCAAGAAGUGGAAAGAACCCCUCCUGCAAAUUUUAAAAGGACUUUAGAAGAAUCCAACUCUGGUCCUCUCAUGAAGAAGCACAGAAGAAAUGGUUUAAGUCGAAGUAGUAGUGCUCAGCCCGCAAACCUACCCUCAACCUCACAGCGAAAAAACUCUGUUAAACUUACCAUGCGACGCAGACUUAGGGGCCACAAGAAAAUUGGAAAUCCUUUACUACAUCAGCACAGGAAAACAGUUUGUGUUUGCUAAAGUUUAUCUGGGAAACAGAUUUUUUUUCAAUCUUAGGAUGUCAUAGGGCUUUCAAGUUUGGUGCCGAGCUUGAACUUUUUUAAAAAGGACAAAAUAAAAAGAGCAUAUAGUUCGA